UUUUUAAAGAUUUUUCAUUUCGUUACUUUUUCUUCUUCUAUUAAGAGAAAAAUGUCGUCAGUUAAGGACAAAAAACUUCAGAAUGAGCUUUGGAAUGAUUUGGCAUCUGGCCUUGAAAGCAUUUACGCUGGUGAUGAAAGAAUGCCGCCACAUCGUUAUAUGGAAUUAUAUACGCAUGUGUUCAAUUUUUGCAGUUCUUCACAUGUUCCAACCGAGACUUCAAGGCGCGGCACUUCAAUCACUCAGAUGCAAACUAGUUUUGUUGGCUCGGAGCUUUACAAUGAACUUAACAUUUUUAUUACAAAAUAUGCACAAUCACUCCGCAUGACUCUUAUCAAUCUUUAUGGUGAUUCUUUGCUUCAACAUUAUACAAAAAUAUGGACAAACUAUCGAUUCGGUUCGACUGUAGUGAAUGGAAUCUUCUCUUAUCUUAACCGACAUUGGAUUCGUCGUGAAAUUGAUGAAGGCAAAUUGGGAAUUUUUGAAGUUUAUAAUAUGGCAAUUAAUAUUUGGAAGCAAGUUAUAUUUACUGAUCUUCAUCAUAAUGUUACUUCUGCAGCUCUAGCGCUGAUUGAACAAGAUCGAAAUGGGGAAAUGAUUCAAACUAAACUUAUUAAAGGAGUUGUCGAGUCAUAUAGUGAUUGA